CUUUGAAUGACAAAGCGACACGAAAAUCUGAGUCAACACAGGUAAAAAGUUUUGUGUUCAGCCCCACCAACGGAUGAGUGGAUCCAUUGUUCCUGCGUUUAUUCAGCGCCAACCCCAUCCAACCCCGUGUGCGUACUACUCUUCGUAAAGGGCCCGUUUGGCAGGGAUUCGCCAUUUGUUCGUUUUACGCCCAAAUUCCGUCCUUCUGACUCCAUCUGUUCGUCGGGUGGCAUUUAGUAAGCGAGGUCUCAGCCAUGAACAGCAUAUAUUGAUAUACAUCUUUGUGAAUACAUGCUUAUUUAAUUUAUGAUAAGCGAUCUGGAAGCAGGGCAUGGUAAUUCCAUAUGGUCGAGUUCUCAACACGCUCCCAGGUGAACUUUUCGCUAUUCCCACAAGGACAAAUUGCUGGUAGUGGGUAAAUGUUCAACCAUUGCUGGAGUUGUGCCAGUGAGGACUCGUCGAACGCAAAGUCAUAUUCUGGUGAGCCCAACAGCAGAGACAACAUCGAAAUGCGGCGGACUCUUGGUCGACCUAACUUAUCGGCGUCAGUCUGUUUUCCGAGGGACGGCAUGAGAACCGUGCAGUAUUUGGGAAACUAACGAACUAGUGGUCAUGCUCGGUAACUAAAGACACACGAGAGGGCUCGGCUUACUAACUGAUCAGGUGGGCUACAGGGCAUUUCGAAAUAAUAGGCCUACCCAAAACUGAUUUUGACACAACCAGCCGAAUUUAACCGGGCGCUGUUCAAGCUGGCAGAUGCAGUUAGACAUGGAUGACAUGUUGGAAUAUUUCCACUUCAGUACAAACGUGACAAUUCUCUUCGACGGUUGGCACGUCACCACGGUGCCGGGCCUCCUCGGCAGCUGCGCUGUCGUCCUCUUGCUCGCGUUCUUCUUCGAAGUCCUCAAGACUUUCCGGGAUUUGCACCUCCGGCAGGCCGCCAACAACGUCCGGCACCGGCUCAUCGAGACGGCCACAGAGAAGACUCGAAUUCUUGAGAAGCAAGCCGAAGGAGAAAUUCAAAUUCUAAGUUGGCCCCACGCUAUCCAGUCGCUCCUUCACAUUCUCCAGGCGUUGAUUGGCUACAUGCUAAUGUUAAUCGUCAUGACGUAUAACGGCUGGCUGAUUUUCAGUGUUCUGAUUGGCGUAGGGCUGGGCUACUUUGCAUCUGCCUGGAAGAGAAAAAUCAAGGUUGAUGUCACGGAGACAGCUAAAGAGUAACGUAGUAAUUAUUCCAAUCAUUUAACCAAAGACAGAAAAAUCAAUUUUUGUAACCAGUCUAGGGAAUGUUAUGCAACAAUAAGAAACCUGCACGCAAGCUACUGGAGAGAGGAGCAAACUUUUAAGGAAUUUUCGUGGUAACGUUCAGUAUGAAUUCGGGAUUUCUUUCAAGAAUCACAUUUAAAUUCAGGGUGCACGCGUAUUUACAUGCACAAAUGCAAAGGUGGCAUCUCUCACAAAGUAGGGGGGGAGUGCCCUUUCGCUGCUUGCUAAAACUCGAUGUUAACUUAUUUGAAGUCAUCAAUGCGAAGUUAGAUGGGCAGUAAGCGACAAUAACCAGCAGGGUCUAAAGUCAGUGGUCAAAUUUGUUCUCAUGCGUGCUGCUUGCCUGCAAGGCUCGACGUGAAGCAGUGGGAAGCAUGUAAUGCAUGAGUAUAUUUCGGCAGGGUGUAGGCCUAAUCGGAACGUCCUUAGUUGGUAGCACAAGUGAUUUAAUUACAGACCUCUACACUGCAAUGAAGCGGCACAAUAACUGGUUGCUUACGCAAGCGGAUUUCGCCAAAAAAAAACCCGGAGAUGAUUGUAUCUCAAAAAACGCACAACAGGUUUUAAAGUUUCCAAAGAUGAUUUAAUCAGAAUAGAGCGUUCAAAAUAUCGCGUGCAUUUUGAUGCGAGAGGGCAUUCCUUUUUAACUAGCUCUUCAAAUUUUUAAAGAGAAAAACGUGACUAUUUAUUUUGUAUAAAGUGUACGUCGUGCAUUUCUACGUAAGUUUUGGGUUUCAUUCCAUCUGAAUGCUCACCGCGUAAAGAUGACCACCGUGACUUUGAAUGCAGAAAUUCUGAAUAUACAAAUAUAGAAUUACAUGUAAAUAUUCACAGUCAGUUCAGUGGAAGUUGCUGAUAUUUUCCCUUUCGGUCCAUCUUGCAUAGGCCUACAGCCGUGUUUCACACUGGGUGUACUCGGUACCGGCCGUGUUAACUUUCAGUUUUGACGUUGUGACGAUUAAGAUCUUUUGUUACUGGUGCCAUGAAAAUUCUCUACUUGCCUACUUUAUAAAGUGUUACUGAUAUUUUGAAAUGCCAUCCAUAUGAGGGAUUUUCCACCUGCAGUAACAUUUAUAUUUAGGUACGCUAUUAUGAGUUACAUGUACAUGUAUCUAUACUUGUUUUGAUCAUUCUAUGGUCACAGUAGUCAACAGCACCUGCAGCUCGCUUGUUAAAAGUGUGUGAAAUCUACCACUUAUUUAAAAAGAAAAAAACACACAAACACUUUUAGACGAAAUUGUGCGUGUAUGUUCUUGUCAAAAUUUGUGUAGUUGUAAAACAGAAACAGAGGUUUUAUCUCUUUGGAAGGACACCGUCUGGUGUCACCAAUAUUCACGUCGCCACUAAUAUGGAUACAUGUAUCUUUACUUAUAAAAUACACUGACUUUCUUUUUCAAUCUGAGGCCAUUCUGUACCCUUGGUGGUAUCAUUGAAGAGAUAUUAAACAGAAACGAUCUCUCGAGUGUUCGACAAACUCAUUUUGUUUGAAAUACAUCCGUAUACAGUCGCUCUGCCUCGCUCCGAUUCUCAUCGGCCAUUUUUCUGUGACCAUGAUGCGAGAGACCGCAGAGUGUAUGUCGAAAUUGCACUCAAAACGACAACGUAUACUUACCAACCUGCAAAUUCACUUGAUUGGAAAAGCUGGCAAUAUCGCUCAAGUGGUCAUAUUGAAAAUGAAAGUUGAAGGCAGUUAGAAAAUUAAAAACCAAAAUACAUCCAGCUUUGGUCUCCAAAAGUCAAUUAAGAAUACAUUUACGUGGAUGUUUAGAGACGGAGAUACAAUGCGAACAGAACUUGAAGAUAUCAGAGCGAUGUAUUGCUUUAUGGAGACUUCUUUUUAAAAUGAACAGGCAUUUUAUUCGCAAGUGUAAUGAGAAGGUUGAAUAGAUCAUUCUAUUUGCAGAAUUUCGAGACACUUUUCCGAGGGUAUUUAUUUCUGAUUCAGCACUGCAAAGGUUAACUAUUUCCGCGAUUCUGUUAAGAGGGUGGCAUUUAAUAACAUUGCAUGGUCAUUAUAGUUUUGUGCCGUACGUGUAAAUAAGUAAUUCAGAGGAACUCGUUAUACUUUUUGUAUCAAAAUCGUAUCUUAAUUAGGUUCAACUUUAUGUAAAUGAUUUACAAUACAGAUAGAGAGAAUCAUGUACACUUUGAAAAUGCACAAGUAAUGCUACGCAGUUUUAAACCGAUUUAACGAGACUUUUAACGGCGACCAUUCUACCAGAGUGACUACCCAGACAGACAUGUCAAACAAAACUGAAUUCUGGGUCCCAACAAUCAAGGAUGGUCUUCCUAAGUCAUAUCCAACAUCUGCAGUUCUGCGCGGUUUGCCAUGGUCUUCCUAAGUCAUAUCCAACAUCUGCAGUUCUGCGCGGUUUGCCAUGGUCUUCCUAAGUCAUAUCCAACAUCUGCAGUUCUGCGCGGUUUGCCAUGGUCUUCCUAAGUCAUAUCCAACAUCUGCAGUUCUGCGCGGUUUGCCAUCUUUAAUGCAGUACCGUGUCGGAAUCAGACUUUAUUUUUGUGGCAUUCAGUAGCUGAAGCAUUAUUGACAACAGUGACUCUUUCGACCACGAUGUCAACAUCAAAUGAAGGGUGGAAGAUAUUCACGGUAAACUUAUAAUGCCAGUGAAAACAAAAAGAGCAUUUUAUUAUGGAUGAUGUUUAUUACAUAAGUGCCAUUAACUAAUGUGAAUAUUGGUGUGUUUUUAUUGCUUUUCGGCCUGUUUAGUUUCAAGCAAUAAGUAUUCGAAAAACUUGUGACAAUAGAAGAACAAGUUGAAGCCUUUUAAAACCUA